CCCCGCAAUAAAACGUCCGGCUGUGUCACCACUACCGCCUGUGCCUCAUUCUCAUUCGCUGCAGGCGCCAACCUCAUCGCCCGGCAGAGCCUAUCGACCUUCACACUUCCUCGCCGCCUUCAACCACCACCAACAUCACCCUCUCCAGGACUGUCCCUUCACACGCGAAGCCCGCGCAUCCCCUAGUGCGAUACACGACGGACAGGGUCUCGUCCUCUAACCCCCCCCCCUUCGCAAACCCCCCACCGCCCAACGAGUCACACACGAGACGACGAAGGCGACAACGAACGAGAUUACGCGGAGUGCGCACGGGUCCAUUCAACGAGUCGCCUAAUACGAUAUCACAAUCUCCCAUCCAUCAUGGCUGGCGCCAACGCCGACUCCAACGCCCUGUUGGCAUUUUUCACGCAGAUGGACGAUCAGGGCGGUGUCAUUGUGCGAGAUAUUCCCAAGCUCGACCUUGAUCUGUACAUACAGAACUAUGAAGGCCGUACCCGCUUCGAACGUCUCUUUCUCAUCGGCCGGAGCUGCGUACCGCUCUGUGUUGACGCCCUGAAGGCUGCCAUCGCCGAGGCCAAGGAGGGCGUAGACGUCCAGCGUUACCGCGAUGCUUUUGAGUGCAUCCACAUCGCCGCCCCCAACGAGCCAGAGGCCUCGUUCGAUCAGGAAUGGGUCGAAACCACGGAGAGGGCCAACAAGGCCAAGACUCACCAACUGGAGAGCGAGCUGAAGGGGUAUAAGAUGAACCUCAUUAAGGAGAGCAUUCGGAUGGGAAAUGAAGACCUCGGCCGCCACUUUGAGCAGAUUGGUGAUCUCAACAAUGCCGGCGAGGCCUACAGCCGCAUGCGGCCGGAUGUCAGCACGUCGAAGCACAUCAUCGACGUCGGCAAGCACCUCGUCAGCGUGACGCUGCAGCGCCGGGAGUGGCCCAUGGUCAUUGCCAACCUCAGCAAGAUCACGGGCAUCCACAACGCCGAGGAAGAGAAGAGCCUGCAGCCGUAUGUCAAGAUCGUCUCGGGCAUCGCCCUCCUGGGCCUCGAGAAGUUCGAGGACGCGGCCAAGAGCUUCCUGCAGACCGACGCCGGCAAGGAGGGCGCGGAGUACAAGACCAUCGCGAGCCCCAACGACGUGGCGGUGUAUGGCGGUCUCCUGUCUCUCGCGACAAUGGACCGCAAGGACCUGCAGGCCCGCGUCCUGGACAACCAGAGUUUCCGGACGUUCCUGGAGCUUGAGCCUCACAUCCGCAAGGCAAUCUCGCUAUUUGUCAAUGGCCGGUACUCGGCGUGCCUCGCAAUCCUGGAGGCCUACCGCGCCGACUACCUCCUGGACAUUUACCUCCAAAAGCACGUGCCCACGCUCUACUCCCAGAUCCGGAGCAAGUGCAUCGUGCAGUACUUCAUCCCCUUCUCCUGCGUUACCCUGAGCAGCCUGGAGGCGGCUUUCGCGGUGCCCGGCAAGCCGCUCGUCGACGAGCUCCUCGGCAUGAUUCGGAGCGGCGUUUUGCAAGCCCGCAUCAACACAAUCGACAAGACCUUGGUCGCCGUGUCUCCGAACCCCCGAGCGACUUUGCAAAGAUUGGUCUUGGACACGAUUGAUGCCUACGAGCGGGACGCCAUGGAGAGGAUCCGGCGCAUGAGUAUCGUCGCGGCGGAUAUGGAGGUGAAGAACACGCGCAAGGGAACCGUGCAGGCCGGCGCCCAGGGCAUCGACGAGCUCUGGCUCGAGCAGGCCAACCGGGCGACCGCGGCCGGCGGCGGCAGCAGCGAGGCGAGCUGACGGGGCUUCGGUGCGGAACACGCGCAGUGAGCUCCCGGCCGAGUGAUGGUCCUUCUCUCCGCGGAUCGGACGCGAGCUGCUAAAGAUGCAGCCAGAGGAACUGCUGACAAACGGGGUACUUUUGGCGAUCCACCUUGGCGCCGUAGCCAAAAAAGCCUAAACGAGUAGGGUGGGUCGACUGGCAAAAUGCAGACUGGGCGUGCUAGCGACGAAUCAUUGGCCCCCCCCCCUCUUGACCAAAAACAAAAAAGCAUACGUACGCCUGCCAACACCCCCCAAUUGUUCCGUGGGAUCAUUUCAACGUCAUGGCCGUUAGCGGUUGCCAUUGGGGUCGGGCAUGGACCUCGCACAGUUGAGCGGUGGGGCUGCUCGAGAGACUUGACGGCAAUGUUGAUCGCGGGAUCCCCGGGGGCCGAUAGAUUGAGGCUUACGCAGCGGGCAUAGGGAUGAGUCGAGUGGCCAUUCAUUGCUGGAGUUAGUCGGAAAUAAACCGCAUUCCAUC